UAGUAGGAUUAUUGCAAAAGCGUCAAACCAGAACCAACGACCGUCUUGGCUGACUCUUUGCCAAAAACUUUUUUUUUUCACUGCCUUCGGAUGUUGGUUUUAUUUCGCCUGCUGCAUUUCUCCAGUUGAAGUUUUCAAGUGCAUCGCCGCGCCAUCGAUGUCGUCGUCGGAAUUUGUUCCGAGUGAUUUGAGCUUUGCGUUGUUUAUGCAUUCCACCCCACAACCACAAUGUUCGGCCAUUCUGUCGUCAAUUCAUAGGAAUAGGGAGUCGCUCAUGGGAAUCGAAUAAGAUCGAUUCCACCCAUCUGUCUUAUCCAAGUAAACUAUGCGGUUUUAUUUGAGUCAUUAGCGAUUGUUUUCGGAGGGUUAAAAUUUGAUUCCGUUCCAAAUUUUAAAGAAAUUUUCUGAGUGAUGGAUAGAAUUAGCCUCACAGAUUUGAGACGACAGUUUUUUGGACCAACGCUGGACGAAAGCGUUCUCUAUGGGAUGGGUUUUGUGGCAGGGCAGACUGGAGCAUCCGAUCGUGAGCAAGAAUCUGGGCGGACAUAUCGGCAAACAAAAACUGAGCGGAAAUAUUCAAAAGAAGCGGUCGACCUUCAAGAUAGAGAAAAUAUUACUUCCGCUGAUACUCGGGGUUCUGCUGAUCGGAACGGGCAAAGAAAUGACCUGAAUCCAAGGAAUCCAAAAACAGAAAAACCACCUUCCAUUGACUUAGAACCACAGCAAAGAAGCUCGUCUUCGUUAUCAAGCAAGAAGGACAGAAAUAGACAAAUCUCAACCAGUUCUUCGCAAAGCAAUGCUUUCAAAAUGAGCGCACCGACGAAAUCGAUCGAUUCAGAUGUACAAUCAACAAUAUCAUCCGAUGUGCCAUCGAAAAGUAGUAAACUAGCAGAGCACCCAAACGAACUCAAAUCCGAAAAAAGAGUAUCAAUUGGCAGUUCCUUGGAUGACAUCAAAUCGAAACCCAGUGAAUCGAGAACGUCAAAAGAGAUGGAAAACAGCGAAAAAAGAUCAUCGAUCAAAUCUACUACUAAUACGGAUGAGUUCGUAUCAACCAAAUCACAUAUGUCUAAGAAAUCAUCUAAGGAUAGACGACUUUCGGCAGCGGUGAAACUGGCGAAAGUAAAGGUUACGAAGACUACCCAGACAGCUGCCUGCGCUUUCGCAGGAAGUCCGAAAGGUGCGACGGAUGCGAUAGCUUGGGAUAAGCACUCGCUGAAGCGGGUGAGGUAA